AGACUCAGCGGUGACAUAGAUUGACGUAUGUGUUUGUUUCUCAGCAGAGGAGUGUCAUACUGAUACUUAAUGUCACGUCAGUCAGCCACAUCACAUUGAAGGUGCAGUUGUCAGACUGCAGCAGAGGAGUGUCAUACUGAUACUUAAUGUCACGUCAGUCAGCCACAUCACAUUGAAGGUGCAGUUGUCAGACUGCAGCAGAGGAGUGUCAUACUGAUACUUAAUGUCACGUCAGUCAGCCACAUCACAUUGAAGGUGCAGUUGUCAGACUGCAGCAGAGGAGUGUCAUACUGAUACUUAAUGUCACGUCAGUCAGCCACAUCACAUUGAAGGUGCAGUUGUCAGACUGCAGGAGUUCAGGAUGCUGCAUCCAAAGAAGUCCAAUGAUGGAGUGUCUUUCAGGACCUGCAGUGUUUUUCUUUUCAUCAUUCUUCCUUCUGUUGGAGCUCAGUCAAAGUUGGUUUGUUCACAUCAGCCAAUCGUAGCCUGGGUUGGUGGUGAUGUAAUUUUGCCAUGUCACCUUGAACCUGCACUUAGUGCAAGUUCUGAGAUCGUGGUGUGGACCAAACCUGGUUUGGACCGAAAGUACAUCUAUGUUCACCAAGAUGGACGACUGAUGUACCAGAGUAAAAAUCCAUCUUAUCAUUCCCGAACAGCUAUGUUUGAGGAUGAACUGAGUAAAGGAAACGUCUCUCUGCAAAUCUUCAAUGUGGAAAUCUCUGAUGCAGGAAAAUACUCCUGUUUCCUUCGAUCACUGCAGAAAGAAGCUUCCAUCCAACUCAUUGUUGGUGCUGUCUCCUCGCCCAUCAUACAGGUUGUCUCAGAUAACAGUGACAGUGUGGUGUUUCAGUGUGAGUCUGAAGGCUGGUAUCCAGAGCCUGAGGUGUUUUGGCUGGACGGUGAGGGAAACCUCCUCUCUGCUGGACCUACAGAGACAGUCAGAGGUCCUGAUGACCUCUAUACUGUCAGCAGCAGAGUGACUGUGGAGAAGAGACACAGCAACAGCUUCACCUGUAGAGUCCAACAGAAGGACAUCAACCAGACCAGAGACACUCACAUCCAUGUUACAGCUGGUUUCUUCAAUGAUCAGAAUUGUUGGUAUUGCAUUUGGAGCAUCAUCAUAAGUCUUGGAAUUGCCGUCUUAGUGUUUAUUAUCGCAUGGAUAAAUAGACCGUAACGGAUCAAAAAGAUUCUGAAUGGGUAAUGCAGACUUCAAAAGUCUAUAGUGAAAAAGGAAAUAAACAAGAUUAAGGCUGACGGUCUCAAGUUGUCCAAAUUGAGAAAAGGAACAGAGAGCAGCUGGGGAACGAAGAGAGGGUGCAGAUCAACAGAGAGGAAAGAAGAGAGAAAGAACAAGCAAAUCAACUAUGAAAGACAGAGAAACCACUAAAAAACAAACAUGUUAUUAGCAUUACAGAAAAAAAGACAAACAAAGAACAGUGAGGGAAAAUGUAGAAGAUCGAGGAACUGGGGAGGACACUUCAGUCAGUGAAGACGAUGGACAGAAAUAAGAUGCCCUCAUGAUACAGCAGGAAGAACUGUGGAGAUGAACCUGAACUUCAGGAAGAGCAACACAGAGACAGCUGACAGUUUAUAACACAAUGCAUGCUGCAAAUUUAUGUUUGGUCUCAUGACCUUUUAUUUCAAUUUGGUCCUCGUUGAUUGUUAUUUUGUUUUUUACGUGCUGACAAAGUGAUGUGACAUAAGUUUUUGUUUGAAAGGUGUGUGCACGGCAUCGUGUUGAAUAUAAUUUUUUGCCAUGAAAGGAAGUUGUUGUAAUUUGACUUUCCAUGGUCAGAUCUGCACCAAACUUUACUUGAUUAGAUUCCCGGCCUGCAGACAAAUAGGCCUACAUGAAAAGUAGAAGUCAUUGUCAUUGUGCCACCAGGAAGUAAGCGUCACGUGACAAUAACCAUUUGAUUUAGAUUUUUACAGUGUGGUCCACACUUGAUGUACUGGAACCUAAAUUUUAAAUAGGUGUCCUCUAACACCAAGUAGGCAAUGGUGCCGCCAGGGAGUGACCACCCCAGUUGCCCCCCCCCUCGCAAGGAGCAUAUGCAUAAAAUGCUAUAUACUGUUUAUAUUAUGUAACCCCUUGGUUUGAGUUAACAGGUGAAUAGCAGCAUGAAAGUGUUCUCAUAUUAGGCUCUGUCACUUUACACCUCUGACCCUGAGGUGUGAUGUUUAUUUUAGGAGAGGCCUCCGAUUCAUCCAUGUAGAUGGCAAUCACGUUUCUAAAAUUGUGACUGGUUAAGGGGCGGGACUAACACGCAUUGCAGAGCAGAGUACACUGGUGUUGUGCCAAUGUAUGUGUUUUCUGCGGAGGCAGCAACAAGCUGCAGAAGAAAGAAAAGUCUAAUUUAAUUUAUGUAGAGAGACAGUUAGUAGCCUGGCUAGUUUAUAAUAAGUUUGUCACACUGCUACACAGUUUUGUGUAUUGUACUGUGUGUGAGAGCUAAUAGUCUGCAGAUAGCAACAGGUUAGCACCAUCGGUAACAGCAAGCUAACGUCAUACGAACACUGGAGCUCCUGACAGCGUGGUGUGUGACCGGCUGUUAACAUUAUGCUUCGAGGGAGACCGUCCUGUGCCUGUUUUCAUCUUCAUCUUUCUGAGAGGAUUCCAAAACAUGAGAACAGCGGGAGUCAUCUGGACGAUGCUGUGAAACUGUGCUCAAUGUUACUUACGCCCAACAGGCGCUCCAGUGAGUAGCACAACAAACACUGUGGGGCCACAGCGAGUUGGCGGACUGUCUGAAAAACUUCAGUCACCCAGAAGUUUGCCCAGAGGAAAAAACGCCGGGCUUCAUGCUGAAAUGAUCAAAUAACUGCAACUGACCUUUUGUAUCUGCCAUCUGCUGUGUUUAUUGUGUAUUGAAAGCUGUCCUGGCUGCAGUUUUGGUGAAGGUGAACUGAUCACUAAUGAUCUGUGUAUGUCUGAUAAGUUACAUGAAAUAAAGACUAUUGUAAUUGAG